GAGUGACUACCGGAGUGAAUCUGUGGGUGUGUGGCCGUUUUUUCUUUUUAAACGUUGAGUAAAAUCAGGAAGUGUGAUGCUGUGACACCACGGGGGAAACAGCCUCAUAGUGGCACUAUGUCAUUAUGUCUUUGCUCAGUAACAUGAGAGGCCCCCGGUUAAAGACCCGUCUGCUGCUGCUGCUGCUGCUGCUGCUGAGCAGUUUGUCUGGGAAAGCGUUUUGCAAAGACGAUGAAAGCAGUGCUACUGAUGCUGAUCCCACACAAGAAACACAGGAUACAACAGAAACAGGAGGAGAUGCUGCAGCAGACGGAGCAGUCAUAGCUACAGAAAGCAGUUCAACGAAACCCCCCGUCAUCACCUCAGCUUCCGGCCCAACAGUCUUGGGUUCACCUGAGGGCAGCACAACAGAGUCUUGUUCAGGAGACUCUGAACAAUCAGAAAUGGGGUCUUUGAAUUCAACAGAUUCAACAGAAGGAAAGGAUCUGGAUCUGCUCGUCAUCCUGAUUCCAGCCGUAGUGGCCGCUGUGCUCAUCGCUGCUACAAUUUGUGGCAUUAUCAUCAAACGUUCGUGUAACAACAACUCGACAAAUGAAGUGUAAAGGAUGCUCUGAUGUGCACAAACACCACGCUGCUGCCGACUCGGAUGACCUCACCCUUUUCUGCAAGAAGUCCAGCAUCAUUUGAAUCCAGGGGAGCAAACAUCUGACGGGAAACAGCACAGACUGGACACUUUAGUUUGAAACUUUAACAAAAUGCAAUUAAACUGCCUCUUACACUUCCUGACAGCCUUUAACGGAGCGAAACAAACACCUGAAAAAAACAAUGACUAAAGACUAUUCUGGCAUGAGUCAGCAUAUUAACAAUUUAUUUAAUCUUUUGCAUUUCACUAAAGACUAUUCAGUAAAUCAAAGGUUGAAUAUAUUUAUCG